GCGAACUCUGAGGCCUGCCCACUACCGCUCCGCAGGGGCGGCUGGUCCAGGGCAGUGUGCCGCGGCUCUGGCGGGGGAGGAGUGACAGGGAACAGCGCCACGGCCGGUCCCCGCCUCGUCCGCCCGCUCCGCCCCAUUCUCUCCCGGGAGCCCACCGGAGCCCGGGCGCGGCCAGGCGGAGCGACCGUGGUUCCCGCCAGUCCCAGUUCCCGGACCGCCAGCCGCAGUACCCGCUCUGCCCGCCUGCUGCUGCUGUCCCUUUCUAUCCGCGACCCUAGUCCCGGGAUUCCAGCACUGCGGACCACCGCGCUCCCACGCCACCGGAGUCAAAGUCCUGUCAGUUUGGGUCAGCAGUGAAAGGCAGGAUCCUGGUCGGUGGCCCUGAAUCCUGAUUGCCUGUCUGUCAGGGAGACACAUGUGGUCAAAGAUGAAUUUGAGCAAAGUAGCUGCUGGCUACUCGAACUAUGGAAAAGCAGGGCCAUUAUGAGAUGGGAGCCGUCCCACCGGGUUGCCACUCCCACAUUAAACUGCUGAAGAUCAACAGGGAACAUCUGGUCACCAACAUCCGCAACACUCAGUGUCUGGUGGACAACUUGCUGAAGAAUGGCUACUUCUCAGCGGAAGAUGCAGAGAUCGUGUGUGCCUGUCCUACCCAGCCCGACAAGGUCCGAAAAAUUCUUGACCUGGUGCAGAGCAAAGGUGAGGAGGUGUCUGAGUUCUUCCUCUACGUGCUACAGCAACUCGAGGACGCUUAUGUGGACCUCAGGCUGUGGCUAUCAGAGAUCGGCUUCUCCCCUUCCCAGCUCAUUCGAAGCAAAAUUAUCGUCAAUACUGACCCAGUGAGCAGAUACACCCAGCAGCUGCGACACCAACUGGGCCGGGACUCCAAGUUCAUGAUGUGCUACGCCCAAAAGGAGGACCUGCUGCUUGAGGAGACUUACAUGGACACACUCAUGGAGCUAGUAGACUUCAACAACCAAAACCUAGGCAGCCUGGGAGGCCUGGACUGCCUGAUGGAUCACAGCACUGGUAUCCUCAACGAGCAUGGCGAGACUGUCUUCGUGUUUGGGGACGCGGGAGUGGGCAAGUCCAUGCUGCUGCAGCGGCUGCAGAGCCUCUGGGCGUCCGGCAGGCUGACCUCGGCAGCCAAGUUCUUCUUCCAUUUCCGCUGCCGCAUGUUUAGCUGCUUCAAGGAGAGCGACACGUUGUGUCUGCAGGACCUGCUCUUCAAACACUUCUGCUACCCAGAGCAGGACCCCGAAGAGGUGUUCUCCUUCUUGCUGCGCUUUCCCCACACGGCGCUCUUUACUUUUGAUGGCCUGGAUGAGCUGCAUUCGGACUUCGACCUGAGCCGCGUGCCGGACAGCUGCUGCCCCUGGGAGCCAGCGCACCCACUGGUCCUAUUGGCCAACCUCCUAAGCGGGAGGCUGCUCAAGGGUGCCGGCAAGCUGCUCACUGCCCGCACAGGCGUCGAGGUCCCCCGCCAGCUUCUGCGCAAAAAGGUGCUGCUCCGAGGUUUCUCCCCCGGCCACCUGCGCGCCUAUGCCCGCAGGAUGUUCCCUGAGCGCAUGGCUCAUGAGCAUCUGCUGCAGCAACUGGAUGCCAACCCCAACCUCUGUAGUCUGUGCGCUGUGCCGCUCUUCUGCUGGAUCAUCUUCCGCUGCUUCCAGCAUUUCCACACGGCCUUUGAGGGUUCCUCGCAGCUGCCGGACUGUGCCGUGACCCUGACUGAUGUCUUCCUGCUGGUCACUGAGGUGCAUCUGAACAGGACACAGCCCAGCAGCCUGAUGCAGCGCAAUACGCGCAGCCCGGCAGAGACACUGCGUGCAGGCUGGCGCACGCUGCACGCGCUCGGCCAGGUGGCGCACCGAGGCACCGACAGGAGCCUGUUUGUGUUCAGUCAGGAGGAGGUGCAGGCAUCAAAGCUGCAGGAGGGGGAUCUGCAGCUGGGCUUCCUGAGGCCUCUGCCAGACGUGGGCCCUGAGCAGGGCCAGCAGUCCUAUGAGUUUUUCCAUCUCACGCUCCAGGCCUUCUUCACUGCCUUCUUCCUGGUGGCAGAUGACAAAGUGGGCACCCGGGAGUUGUUGAGGUACUUUCGAGAGUGGACGUCUCCCGGGGCGACACCAAGCACGUCCUGCUAUCCUUCCUUCUUCUCCUUCAGGUGCCUGGGUGGCGGCAGCCGGUUGGGCCCUGAUCCUUUCAGGAACAAAGACCACUUCCAGUUCACCAACCUCUUUCUGUGUGGGCUGCUGGCCAAGGCCAGACAGAAACUCCUUCGGCAGCUGGUGCCCAAGGCUAUCCUGAGGAGGAAGCGCAAAGUCCUGUGGGCUCACCUGUUUGCCAGCCUGCGCUCCUACCUGAAGGGUUUGCCCCGGGUCCAGAGUGGAGGCUUUAAUCAGGUGCACGCCAUGCCCACAUUCCUGUGGAUGCUGCGCUGCAUCUACGAGACACAGAGCCAGAAGGUGGGGCGCCUAGCCGCCAGGGGCAUCAGUGCCGACUAUCUCAGGUUGGCCUUCUGCAAUGCUUGCUCUGCUGACUGCAGUGCCCUGUCCUUCGUCCUGCACCACUUCCACAGGCAGCUGGCCCUCGAUCUGGACAACAACAACCUCAAUGACUAUGGCGUGCAGGAGCUGCAGCCUUGCUUCAGCCGCCUUACCGUGCUCAGACUCAGUGUCAACCAGAUCACGGACACAGGCGUGAAGGUGUUGUGUGAGGAACUGACCAAGUACAAGAUCGUGACAUUCCUGGGUUUAUACAACAACCAGAUCACUGAUAUCGGAGCCAGGUAUGUGGCCCAAAUCCUGGACGAAUGCAGAGGCCUCACGCACCUUAAACUGGGAAAAAACAGAAUAACAAGUGAGGGUGGGAAGUGUGUGGCUCUGGCUGUGAAGAACAGCACCUCCAUCAUUGAUGUUGGGAUGUGGGGCAAUCAGAUUGGGGAUGAAGGGGCAAAGGCCUUCGCAGAAGCAUUGAGGGACCAUCCCAGCCUGACCAACCUCAGUCUUGCAUCCAAUGACAUCUCCCCUGAAGGAGGGAAGACCCUUGCACAGGCCCUGAAGCACAACACCACUCUAAAAAUAUUCUGGCUGACGCAAAAUGAACUUAAUGACGAGGCAGCAGAGUGCUUUGCUGAGAUGCUGAAAGUCAACCGGACACUGAAGCACUUAUGGCUUAUUCAAAAUCACAUCACAGCCACGGGGACAGCCCAGCUGGCUGAGGCACUGCAGAAGAACACCACCAUAACAGAGAUUUGUCUCAACGGAAACCUAAUUAAGCCCGAGGAGGCCAAAGUCUUUGAGAAUGAGAAGCGGAUCAUCUGUUUCUGAUGGACUCUCCUGGGCUGGACCUUUGGGAAUGAGAAGCAGAUCAUCUGUUUCUGAUGGACUCUCCUGGGCUGGACCUUUGACCUAGGUUGCUCCUUGGUCACAGACAGCACUGCGCAGUCAGCAGAGAUACAGGACGCUGUGCAGGGCCUGCAGCAAGGGGACUCUUAGGAGCCCUCCCCUGCAGAUGCUCAGACUGGCAGUGCCCAAGCCAUGGCUGGGAAUGUGCAGACGUAGAGUAUCUUAGGAGCCACUGUCACCACUCAAAACCAGCAAGCUUUUCUAUACAAAGAGGUUCCCCUGCAUAGCCACAACAGUGUCUGAAGAUGAAAGGAUAGGAAGCAGGGGGCCAACCUCAGCUCCCACAGAUGCCUGCUUGCAGGAUUCACGGGACCGAUGGCACCUUCAGGAAAGAGCUGGGAACUUGGGCAGAGCCGACAGCAACUUUUCGCAAAGAAGGCACCUGGUGACCACACAGUUAUCUUGAAAGCUCCUUCCUCUGCUCAAUACCCCCUCCCACUGUACAGAUCCGUUCCUUCCUCCUAGCCGUGAUUAUUGAAGUAGGUCCACCGUGGGGAGGGCUCAUUCAAGGGCCCCCAGCGAGCUGGUUGUCAAGGGCUCAUCACAGACUUUGGUUUCCGUUCUGGAUUCUCCCUGGCUGCAAAUGGGAAUCAGAGGAACUCUAGGCCUUAAAGAGUACUGAGGUCCUGCCUAGAGUUUUCCCCCAUCUCUGCCUGCCCCGCCCCCGGGGGGAGAAUCAGUUCCCAUCCUCCACAGCAGCAGGACUUGCCUCGAUGGUCCUGCGAUCUCAAGCAAAACUCUCUCCCUUGCUUGUGAGCAAGAAGUAUGAUCAUGUUCUCAGCAGUUGGAGGGUGACUGAGCACAGCCAAGACUCAGAUCAGCCAGCAAAGCAUGGCAGAUACCCACCACCAUGGUGGGCAUGUGGGGAUGCCCAGCAGGGUGGGACGGCUGGGGAUGUUGCCAGAUAACAUAUUCUUUUACCACCUCAUUUGUAAAUAAAAUAUACUUGCUAUUUCUAGUGGCUAAGUCUGGGGGUUUUCUGAAGGAACGCUGUCUGGAGGGAACAUUAGGAGACUUGAGCCGCAGCCUGGCUCACUGCAGUGGGGGUCCUGGGGAGUCAUGCUAUACAGCAGAGGUGUCACCAAGGGACAAGAAAGGUGGAGGCAGCAUCCAAGGUCGCUCUACCCGGUCUCUGAAUCCAAA